UCCAAAUCAUUCUGAAUUCCAGACUGAACUGGGUGGGAACAGAUCAAGUUAGCUGCUUGAGGAGUGUUAGCCACACUGCAGACCCUGAGCUUUUAUUAAAACACAUCUCGUUGUCCAUACAGGAUUUCUACUGGGACACAGAACAAUCCAUCCUUUCUACUGUCAAGAUAAUUCGACUGAACUUGCAGAGAGUGCACCGAUCAAGGCCUCACCCACACGAAAAAGGGCAAAAUGGAUCGAUCCGCACAAGAACUCUUCCUGAACUUCAUGAUCGUCUUGAUUACUGUGCUACUCAUGUGGCUCCUUGUGAAAUCCUACAUGGAGUAAGACUCUGCCCAAUGCUACCUGGAUUCCUUCUAAAGAAGCAUGUCUUGUAUUGAUCUUGAUACAGUAUGUGAGAGCAAUUUAAUGAGAAAUAUGCAUGUGUGCAUACUGUAGGUUGCCUCUUCUACAUGGGGCAUAAGCUUUGCCGGCACCAGUAGGCAUGUCUGUACAUUGAUAAAAAAAAAGGAGCCAGAACCUGAUAAAGACCACCAAAGAUUGGCCCUUUUUACAACAAUGUAUGCAGCUAAGAACAAAACUAUCAUGUUCUGUGUAACCUUUACCUCUUUCUGUCUCUAUUACUACUGUGUAGAAAUUGUAAUCUGCUCAGCUAAAAUGUUCACAGUUUCUGUACUAUGCAAGGAAUAUAUCUUAUUACAAACGUUGCAAGUAGAUCGCUGAAACAUAAUACUGUCAGUAAAAGCAUUGCACAGCAUUUAAAUGUUACAAGGUUUCAUUUAACCACUGCAUAUCUGCUGCACAGUAUUUCAAUGUAAAAAUAAAUGCUUUCCGUGUUC